UUAGUGGGUGGGGCGCCUUUUCAAGGGGUAUAAAAACUGGUGGUUUCUGGACCCUUAAAGAUAGAAAACAUCAUAUAAAUUAUCUUGAACUUCUAGCUUGCUUCCUAGCCUUAAAAACAUUUGCCAGAGACUCAUGCAAUUGUGAAAUUCUUAUUCGAAUGGACAAUACAACUGCGAUAGCAUACAUAAACAAGACUGGUGGGGUUCGGUUUCCUCAUCUCACAAAACUUGCUAAGGAAAUUUGGCACUGGUGUGAGACUAGGAGAAUUUGGAUUUUUGCUUCUUAUAUCCCUUCAGCUGAAAAUUCAGAAGCAGACACUGCUUCUCGUGUUAAAAAUAUUGACACAGAAUGGGAAAUUUCUUCGCAGGCUUUUCAUAUAAUAAAUAGGAAAUUUGGUCCUUUUUCUAUGGAUCUCUUUGCAUCCAGAAAUAACAAAAAAUGUCAAAAUUUCUGUUCAAGGGGUCCAGACCCUGAAGCUCAACAUAUUGAUGCUGUCACGAUUAAUUGGUCGAGAAAAAAAUUUUACGCAUUCCCUCCGUUCGCGCUAUUGACUCAAACUAUCAAGAAAAUCAUCGUAGAUGAAGCACAGGGUACAGUGGUUGCACCCCUCUGGCCUGCCCAACCAUGAAAGAUAGUACAUCGGCUAGCCACGAACCUUUCCCUGGUGGUCGUGAAAUUAUCCGGCAAGCGUAUCUAAAUAAGGGGAUGCCUCAGGAGUCGGCAGAGUUUUUCAUCAAGUCAAUCGAAGGAUCAACACUCAAACAAUAUGAGGGACACCUGGAUCAAUGGUGGAAAUUUUUACAGGCCAUGAAAUGCGACACGUUUAAAGCCGAGAUACCAAUGAUCAUAAAAUUUUUGACUAAAAGAUUCUAUGAAGGAAGCAGUUAUAGCUCACUUAAUUCAGCUCGUUCGGCAAUUUCUCUUAUUUCCAAUGCUGAUAUUUCCAAUAACAAAUCUCUAUCAAGAUUUUUUAAAGGCGUUCAUAAAGCACGUCCGAGUAGAGCUCGAUAUUCAAGUACCUGGGAUCCUUCGGUAGUACUAGAUUUCAUUGAGAAAAUGACUGACUCUCGUAAUUUAAUGAUGCUUUCACAAGAGACAGCUACCCUUAUAGCACUCACAACAGGCCACAGGCUCCAAACCCUAGAGAAGAUUAAUAUUGAGAAUAUAGUAGUGUCAGAAGAACAUAUUAGCAUAAAAAUCCCAGAGCGUAUCAAAAUGUCAAAGCGAGGUAAGCCCCAACCAGACUUAGUGAUUCCAUUUUUUCAGGGGAACAAGAGACUCUGUGUAGCCUCUCAUGUAAUUAGGUAUUUAGAGCUAACCAGAGAGUUAAGGGGUGACAACAAACGGUUAUUUAUAUCAACCAAGAAACCUCAUAAGGCUGUGACAUCUCAGACUAUAGGACACUGGAUUAAAAAACUAAUCAGUAGAGCAGGUAUUGAUACUGGAAUAUUCAGCGCUUAUAGUACACGUCAUGCAGCUGUGUCAAAAGCUUUCAAACAGGGUGUAGAUCUUAGUAUAAUUCGAAAAACAGCAGGAUGGUCUGAGAGGUCAGGAGUUUUUGCUAGAUUUUAUAACCAACCUAUAGAGCCUCCAAAGGAGACCUUCGCAUUAUCAGUACUUAAAAAAUGAAAAAAAAUUUUAAAAAAGGAAUAUAAUAAUAAUAAUAAUAAUAAUAAACAAAUAAAAUAACGUGUAAUGUGACAGCAUAAAUAUUAUAAUGAUGAAGAAUAACGCAAAUAAAGUGAAAUUAUCCAGUCUCUAAACAUCUACAUAUGUAAUCAUCGAGAACGAGACGCGAAGUAUAAUUGACAGAUCGGGCUCGACCGAUCUGUCAAUCUCUUUUAAAUCACACGAGUCCGCCGAGAGAGAUAACGCGAAAGACGAGGAUCGAAAUUCCUAAUUUUUGGCUUAAUUAACCCUUUCAAUUGUUUUCUCUCUGAAUCACUCAGAGCAAAUCCCUACUUCAAAUUAAAUCAUUAUCAAAUCCCUAUAAACGAAACGGA